AUGCCCAUGGUUACCUCAAGCGCUACCCACUCCUACCGCUACACCGACAAUGGUGGAAUGGAACUCUUUUCCGGGAAGGGAAAGCUGGAUGUCCUUGAGCGCCGGGUCUACCCUGAGGACAUGAUGCCAACUCCAGAACGCCCAACCUGA